AUGGCGUCUUUUACUAACCUCUCUCUUCUCCUCCUCUUUCUCUUCACCGCUACACUCAUCACCAGCCAACAAAGCGACGACGACGAAAAUGCGUCACCACAACUCGCUCUAGACCCGUCGGAGCAAGAAGCGGUCUACCGAGUUCUCGACUCAGUCAACUCAGCCAUCUCAUGGCGAACCAUCUUCCCCGACGACAUCUGCGCUUCACCACCUGACGGCGUCGUUUGCGAUAACCUCUACGCUUCUCAAAACGGCGUCGCAACGUCUGUUCACGUCACGGAGUUCCAUUUAGGCUACCUCUCGGAUUACACUCAAAACCCUCCUUGCUCUUCUAAUGCCACGCUUGAUCCUCUCCUCUUUACUGCUUUCAAACACCUUCGUAAGCUUUUCUUCUACAAAUGCUUCACCGACGCUCGUGCCUCGUUGCCGUUAACAGUCCCGGAGGAUUUCGGCUCUGUUCUCGAAGAGUUGGUGUUCAUCGAAAACCCAUCUCUCGUCGGCGAGAUCGGAGCCAUGAUCGGUAAUUUCACAAAGCUGAGAAGAUUAGUUCUUACCGGUAACGGGUUUCACGGGUCAAUUCCGGGUCAAAUCGGCGAUUUGGUGAGUCUAGAGGAGAUUACACUCUCCAGAAACAGCUUGACCGGUGGGUUUCCGGCGAACGCAACGUCUCGUCUGAAGAAUCUAAAAGUUCUAGACUUUAGCCAUAACUUUAUCAACGGAAACGCCCCUGAUUCCAUCGGAGACUUGACAGAGCUUCUCAAGCUAGACCUCAGCUUCAAUGAGUUCACCGGAGAGGUCCCUUCCGGCGUCGGAAAUUUGAAAAAGCUCGUAUUUUUAGACUUGAGUUACAACCGUUUCGGGAAUUUCGGCGUUCCUCUGUUUCUAGCGGAGAUGUCCAGUUUGAGAGAGGUUCAUCUGAGUGGGAACAAGCUCGGUGGUCGUAUACCGGCGAUUUGGAAGAAUCUCGAGGGUAUUUCGGGGAUUGGAUUCUCAAGGAUGGGUCUUGAAGGAAACAUCCCAGCUUCAAUGGGUUCGAGUCUUAAAAAUCUCUGCUUUCUAGCUCUUGACAACAACAAUCUCGACGGACAAAUCCCGGAGGAGUUUGGGUUUCUGGACUCUGCUCGUGAAAUCAAUCUAGAGAACAAUAACCUCACCGGAAAAGCUCCAUUCUCCGACAGUUUCAGAGAUAGAAUCGGGAAAAAGCUCAAACUGAGCGGGAAUGUAAAUCUCCAAGUCAAGAAUUCCGAUCCUCAUCUCGCCGGAAGAGCUCUAUAUUCAUCGGCGAGAAAGGUUUUACCUUUGAUUUACUUCCCGGCGACUUUAUUGGCUCUUUACAUUUCAAUAACACAGUGA